AUGGAUCCAUUUAAUAGUGUUGUUUCUAAUGAAAAGUUCUCGAAGCUAACGCUGAACGUGAUAAAUUAUCCAAAAUCAUUAGAACAUUGGGAAAAUAUAAUUAAUUAUUUAAUCGAUGAGGUAUCGCCAAUUAAUAAAAAAUUGGAUAAGAAGUUGUAUAAGUUGAUUGUUACCACUUAUGAAUCGCUGCUUUUCAAUUUUCCUUAUUUAGAGAAUUAUUAUAUCGACUAUGGUCUAUUUGAAUAUAAAUUAGGAAAUAUAUCUAAUGUGCACAAGAUAUUCAAGAAUGGUUUAAAAGUGUUUAACCAAAAAUCUGUAUUGGUAUGGGUAUCCUAUUUGCAAUUGUGUAAUGAAAUUGUGACUGAUGACAAGGCUUUGUUUAAGAAAUAUGAAAAGGCUGAACAAUAUAUUGGAAUGCAUUUUUAUAGUGGAGAAUUUUGGGAAUUAUAUUUGAACCUGAUUAAAGAAAGAUCGAUUUCUAAGAUUAGAUAUUUUAGUAUGUUGAGGAAAAUACUGGAAUAUCCAAUAUAUUCGUUUAGUAAAUUUUAUGCAAUUUGGUUGAAAGAAAUUGAUAAUGUAAGAGAUCUUAAACAAUUGUCUCUUUUUGCACCAAGAGAUGAGUUGAAAAAGAAACUGAAGAUAGAUAUUAAAUUUAAAUCAAGAAAAGGACCUUACCUAUUUGAAUGUAAAAAGAAAUUGAAAAAAAUUACAAAAGAAAUGUAUUCAGUAAUACAAUUCCAAGUGCUAGAGAUAUACUCUUUGUUUGAAUCAAAUUUAUCCAUCCAAUAUUACGUUUCUCCGGAUAAAUUAAUUCCAACUUCUGAAAUAGAGAAAUGGGAAGGCUAUAUUGAUUACUCUAUCAAUACAAGAAACGAACAAUUAAUUGAGAUUAAUUUCCAAAGGGGCUUGAUAAUAACGGCAAAUUAUGAUGCCAUUUGGAUUAAAUAUUCAAAAUGGCUGAUAUCUUCCCAAAAGGAUCUUGUAUCUGCUAAAAAUAUAUUAAUUGAUGGCCUUUCGAUGUCACUAAAGAAAUCAAAAAUUAUUAAAAUGUUGUUCGAUGUAUUGGUAGGUUUGAAUGACUAUGAUUCACUUGAAUACAUUCUGUCACAAAUGGAAAAAUUUUCGAUAAAUAUUGUGGAUAUAGAUGACUUUGAAAUAUUUUGGGAUUUUAUUCAAUUCAAAAUGUUUUUAGCUAAUAAUUCAUUAAAGAGUAGGUAUUCCGAAUCUCAGAAGAAUUCAUUUUUACCUGAAAACAUCUUUACUUUAAUAUUGAAUAGAUUGAAAUACGAGGGAAGUAAAGAAGGUCAGUUACUUUUACUACACUAUUUAGUCCAACUACAAGAUAAAGAUAAUACAAAAAUAAUUGAGAAUAAAGUAUUUAAACAGAUUAUUAAAGAUAAUUUGGAAUAUUAUAUAAAUGACGGAACUUUCUGGACACUAUACUCUCAACUUAUCUAUUUCGAUCCUUCUUCUUCUUAUCUAGAGAAGCGUAGGUCUAUUUUGAACCUUUGGAAAACUGGAGUUCCACAUACUGAUAGUGUAAAAGAACUUCUUUCCGAGUUUUGUUUCAAAUACUUACCAGAUGAUAUAGACAAUUUGGAUGAUUUAUUUGCAUAA